AUGUUUUUUUGUCCCUUCUGCGGUACGCUGCUGCUCAUUGAGCCUCAUCAUCCAACCAACCGGUUUGUCUGCUCUGGCUGCACGUAUGUGGCGCCUAUCGUCUCCACGCAGCCGCUCACAGUGAACCACUCCCUGCUAAAGUUCAACAAGGCGGUAGAAGAGGACACCAACGUCAAGACGGAGGCGGAAACGUUAGAUGCUGGCCAAGUCAUUACUGUGAGAUGCCAGAAUGAUGAGAAGACUUGUGAUGGCACUCGGGCACAUUAUGUGCAGAUACAAAUGCGCUCCGCAGAUGAGCCAGCGACAACAUUCUUCAGGUGUUUGAAGUGUGGUUUUCAGUGGAAGCAGGAUUAA